AUGGCAGAAGCGGAUCUUAAGGUGGUCUCGGAACCUGCCGCGCAGGGGUUUGCUGAAGAGAUGAUGGCUAACUCCUCUAGCGAUACUGGGGAAGAGUCUGACAGCAGUAGCUCGAGCAGAAGCACUAGUGGCAGCAGCAGUAGCCGCGGCCGCUUAUAUAGAAAGAAGAGGGUAUCUGGGCCUUCCAGAAGGGUGCGACGGGCUCCGUCGGGUAAAAAUUUCUUGGAUCGGCUGCCCCCGGCAGUUAGAGAUCGUGUGCAGGCGCUCCGAAAUAUUCAAGAUGAAUGUGACAAGGUAGACGCUCAGUUCUUAAAGGCAAUUCACGAUCUCGAAAGAAAGUAUGCAGAACUCAGUAAGCCUCUCUAUGAUCGGCGAUUUCAAAUCAUCAAUGCAGAAUAUGAACCUACAGAAGAAGAAUGUGAGUGGAAUUCGGAGGAUGAGGUGUUCAGCAGUGACGAGGAGGUGCAGGAAGACAGCCCUAGUGAAAUGCCUGCCUUAGAAGGUGAGGAAGAAGACGACCCUCAAGAAAAACCCGAAGAAACGCCUGGAGAAAAUGAGGUUCCUAACGACAUUCCUGAGGCAAAGACUGAAGAAAAAGCAGAGUCUAAAGAUUUUCUGGAGGGAAAGCCUGGAGUAAAAGAAGAUCCUAAAGAAGUCCCCCAGGCAAUGUCAGGAAGCAAAGAACAGCCUAAGGCAACAGAGGCUAAGGCAAGGACUGGAGUGAAAGAGGCUCCUAAAAGAGUUCCUGAAGUCAGGCCUCAAGAAAGAGUGAAUCUUAAAAGAGCUCGGAAGGGAAAGCCUAAAAACGAAGAUCCUAAAGGCAUUCCUGACUACUGGCUGACUGUUUUAAAGAAUGUUGACAAGCUCGGGCCCAUGAUUCAGAAGUAUGACGAGCCUAUUCUGAAGUUCUUGUCAGAUGUUAGCCUGAAGUUCUCAAAACCUGGCCAGCCUAUAAGUUACACAUUUGAAUUUUGUUUUCUACCCAAUCCGUACUUCAGAGAUGAGGUGCUGACCAAGACAUAUAUAAUAAAGUCGAAACCAGAUCACGAUGAUCCCUUCUUCUCUUGGGGAUGGGAAAUCCAAGAUUGCAAAGGCUGUAAGAUAGACUGGAGGAGAGGAAAAGAUGUUACCGUGACAACCACCCAGAGUCACAGAGCUGCUACUGGAGAAAUUGAAAUGCAGCCAAGAGUGGUUUCUACUGCAUCAUUCUUCAAUUUCUUUAGCCCUCCUGAGAUUCCCCAAAUCGGAAAGCUAGAACCACGAGAAGAUGCUAUCCUUGAUGAGGACUUUGAAAUUGGUCAAAUUUUACAUGAUAAUGUCAUCUUGAAAUCAGUCUAUUACUAUACAGGAGAAGUCAACGGUACCUAUGUUGAUGGUAAACAUUACAGAAACAGAAAAUAUCGAAAAUAA